AUGACAGGCGAGAGAAGAGAUAUGAGGAUGAUGGAAGGCACUGAAGAACCCCCAGUUACAGUUAUGCACCACCACAAUGAUCUAACCAAAGCCUUGCUGACCACGCCCAACGGUCUCGAUGACCUUCCCGUUUUUUCGGUACCAAGGCCAGACUUCCUCACCGUCUUCAGCCGGGUCGCACCAUUCGCAGACGGGUUGCGCGAAUCCGCUAUCCUGGACAGGUACGAUUACACUCGACUUCGCAUGACUUGCAGGACUAUUGCCGAAGUGUGGAAACCAUACCCUUAUGACCGUGGUAGGCCAGAUACUAAAGAUCGCUAUUUCGCAGGUGUGCAGGCCAUUCCUUGCGACGAUUGUGGUAUCCCUUCGGACAGAUUGGUCGUCAAACCCUGUCAUGGCAUGGGUCCCGAGAAGGCAGGUUCCUUCUCAGGCUGCGAGAAGCUCGUUUGUACCUAUUGUGUUAUGUUCGCGCAAAGGUCCCAUGCGUCGCCCAUGAACGUCGACAAUGAACUGCAUUACUGCCAGCCUUGCAGCUGGCAUUUUUUCCGACGGAUGCAGACCAGAGACCCGGCCGAGGGGCGAUGCCGAUGUGCUCUCAGAUCUGGUGGCCCUGUUGUCGAGCAACCAGAUUCCGAAUGGCAAUGCAAAGACUGCAGAAUAGCGCUGGUCGAAAAGCUCUCCUGCGCCGCCCGCGACAAUUUGAUGGCUAUGGAGGCCCGAGGUCAGGUUUUCGCCCGCGAUUACACGCGACACCCGUUCGCUGGAGGCGUCAACAGGUGGAUUGAUCACGAGCACGCAAACAGGAAUCACUGCCCAGGUUGUGGUAUCAACUACAUCCAGUUGCUUCAAACGUGGGAGGACAGCAACUGGGACGAAAUUGCGGAUUGGCCUUGCGGAAUGGUUCGCCAGUGCAUGACAUGCCUGGAACUGAAGUCAUGA